AGAGGGCUCAGGGUAGCGGUGAAUCCUUUCUCCCCACCGCAACCGAGCUGCGGGCGAGCCCCGGGGCUGCGGCAGCGCCCUGCGAGCUGCUCGGGGCGCUGUGGCUCCGCUGCCCGCUGGGGUUUGGCAGGACCCGCCCGCCCUCUCCUCGCCGACAUGGUGUCGUGUGGGGCUCUGCAGAGUUUCCUUUUCGAAUACGACACCCCCCGCAUCGUCUUGAUCCGCAGCCGCAAAGUGGGGCUCGUCAACCGCGCCGUGCAGCUCGCCAUCCUCGCCUAUGUCAUAGGCUGGGUCUUCCUGUGGGAGAAGGGCUACCAGGAAACGGACUCUGUGGUCAGUUCUGUAAUCACGAAGGUGAAAGGAGUGACGCUGACAAACACAUCUGCUUUGGGAGCCAGAGUCUGGGAUGUCGCUGACUAUGUCAUCCCUCCUCAGGAGGAGAAUGCUGUGUUUGUCAUGACCAACGUGAUACUUACACUAAACCAGCGCCAAAGCCGCUGCCCAGAGCUCCCAGAUGAUAAAACAGAGUGCAGAGAAAACAACGACUGUGUUCCAGGAUAUGUCAGCACCCACAGCAACGGUAUCCAGACUGGGGAGUGCGUACAGUACAACGAGAGCGUCAAGACCUGUGAAGUCUUUGCAUGGUGCCCUGUGGAGAAUGACUAUCACGUACCCAAGCCUGCAUUCCUGCGGGAAGCUGAGAACUUCACCAUUCUGGUAAAGAACAACAUUUGGUACCCCAAGUUCAACUUCAGCAAGCGAAACAUCCUCCCCACUAUCAACUCCACCUACCUGAAGAACUGCAUCUAUGACCCCCAGACAGAUCCCUUCUGCCCUAUCUUUCGUUUAGGGAAAAUAGUUGAAGCUGCAGGCCAGGACUUCCAGGAAAUGGCUGUGGAGGGUGGAGUCAUGGCACUGCAGAUCAACUGGGACUGUAACCUCGACAGAGCUGCUUCCCACUGUGUGCCAAAAUACUCCUUUCGGCGCCUCGACAACAAGGACACUGCCCACACCGUCUCACCUGGCUACAACUUCAGGUAUGCGAAAUACUACAAGGAUAGCAAUGGCACCGAAUCACAGACGCUUGUCAAAGCUUAUGGCAUCCGCUUUGAUAUCAUAGUGUUUGGAAAGGCAGGAAAAUUUGAUGUAAUUCCUACCAUGAUUAACAUUGGCUCUGGCUUAGCACUGUUUGGUGUGGCAACAGUGCUGUGCGACAUUGUUGUUCUGUACUGCAUGAAGAAGAGGUACUACUAUCGGGAGAAGAAAUACAAAUACGUGGAAGAUUAUGAACUGGGAGUCGGUGAGACAUAUGGAACAAACUCCUGACCUUCCGCUGCUACGGCACCGACUGCUGCUAAGAACUGCUGCUGUGAGACCCAAACACUCUUCAUUGGAACCAAAUGGGGAACAAACCUGAGAAAUGGACCUGCAUGUCUACUGUUACUGGCUGGAGCCAACCUGGAGAGAACUGAGUCUGCUUCUUGUCUGCUGUCUUUCAGGUUAAUUGCAUUAAGCACACAGGGAGAAUUGUGCUUUUAUGAGAGCCCUCUGCACUAGCUAAGCCUGGGGUACGGACUGCUCUGACAUUUUGCCAGUCCUCCUUUCCCUGAGCUCAGCAGUAGCAGAGAGCACAGUGUAACAUGCACAGAUUCUUCCUUACAGUGAAUGUGGGCCCUUGUCAGGUGUUGCUGCUUGGGAGAGCAGCUCCUUGCUGUUUUCAAAGCACUCUUCCUUGCUCUGAAGGAUUGUGAUGCUUAUCAGAGCCUGUGACUACUCUUUAACUGUCUCCAACCUCCGGUGGCCACAGUGAGACAAAGCAGUGUCUGGUUCCAUUGUUGCGGUAAAUGACUUGCUGGAUACAGAAAUGUUUUUCUGUUUUGACCAAUUUUUGCGGUAUUACCUUAAACUUUACCUUCUUUUUAUUAAAAUAUUGCCUUUUUGGAGUCCUGCAAGCUGGCUUUUGCUCAUUUCCUUUUUCCUCAGGGCCUGUGAAGGGUCAGUGAACUGUCUUCAUGUUCCACAGAUAGCUCUCCAGUAACAGUUAUCACAACCACUGCUGCAAUCUGCUUUGCCUUUUGAUGCUCUUGGCAAGAGUGCUGCUGCAGCCUCUGCUCCACCUUGGUUCUUCUAACGCCUGGUCAGUCUAUUGCAUUAAAACCUAUCCAAGGGAUAAGACUUGAAAUUUAGA